AUGGAUGUCGGAAAAUCAAAAAAAAUUCGAGAAGGACACAGACAAGCAACGAGAAAACUAAUUCAUACAGCAAACGAAGCUAUCAACGCGGUGUCUGAGGCGGAAACGCUCAAUCGCGAGGACAAAGUGAAACUACGAUUAAACAAGAAUCUUUUGACGGAACAAGAUAAAAAUUUGGAAGAGUUUAAUUCUAAAAUAUUAGCUGGGAUAAAGAAAGUCGAAGAUAUCGAAGAAGAAGCGCUCGAGGCCCUCGAAUUUAAGCAGGAAAUACAGCGUGUUUUAGUACAAAUCGAAUUGUUGUUAGAAGGCGACGAAAUAGCUAGACAGUCUAGACAAGAAUCGCAAAAUGUAGCAUCGCCAUCGCUCAGUGAAAUUAGUACCAGUAUGAAAAAGAUGAAUUGCAAGCUGCCAAAAUUAUCUUUACAAACAUUUGACGGCGAUCCGGCGAAUUGGAGUUCGUUUUGGGAUACGUUUGAAUCGGCGGUUGACAAGAACUCACAGCUCUCAGAAAUCGACAAAAGCGACAAAAGCGGAAAAGCGGCAACAACACUGGUAGCAGGUUUUUCAUUGACGGCGGAGAACUACGGAGAAGCGAUUAAACUGUUGAAAGAGCGAUACGCGAAUCCUCAACUUAUCAUUUCGAGUCAUAUGGAGAAACUUCUGAAGUUAAAUACAGUACACGAUGCGAACGAUGUAUUGAAAUUACGGGCGUUAUACGAUCAGAUUGAAACAAACAUUUGCAGUUUAAAUGUGCUAGGCAUAAAACCAGAGCAAUUUGGAUCACUUUUAGUUCCA